AACUCAGAGAAAUCACAGUGUCUCAAAUCCCUCCAAAUCCUUUUCCUUCCGCCACAUCUAUUACAUUAUUUCCACAAAAACCAAACCCAAACCAAAGACACAGAAAAAGAGGUUUUAGUUUUAGCAGCACCAACUAACUCCACCUAACUUCUCUUUGGGAACCCAUUUCACAAUUCCCCUUCAAUGGCUGUUUCAACCAGUUUCUCCGGUGCAAAGUUGGAGGCUUUGUUGCUGAAAUGUGGUUCCUCCAAUGCUACCACCACCACUACCCAUUUAUCUGUUUUUGGCAAAAACAGAAAGACACUUGUUCAGACUCUCAGAGGGUCCAUUCGCUGUGAGGUUUCUGCUUCUGAUGUUUCACUUGAUUCAACGAAGAAAGCCACUAAUGUCUCUGCUCUCGAACAGCUUAAGACCUCUGCUGCUGAUAGGUAUACAAAGGAAAGGAGCAGCAUUAUGGUUAUUGGACUGAGUGUACAUACUACACCUGUGGAAAUGCGUGAAAAACUUGCCAUACCAGAAGCAGAAUGGCCUAGAGCCAUAGCAGAGCUUUGUAGUCUGAAUCAUAUUGAAGAAGCAGCUGUUCUGAGCACCUGCAACAGAAUGGAGAUAUAUGUUGUUGCUCUCUCCAAGCACCGUGGUGUCAAAGAAGUCACCGAAUGGAUGUCCAAAACAAGUGGAAUUCCAGUUGCAGACCUUUGCCAGCAUCAGUUUCUGCUUUACAACAAAGAUGCCACACAGCACCUUUUUGAAGUAUCAGCAGGUCUUGAUUCUCUUGUGUUGGGAGAAGGUCAAAUCCUUGCUCAGGUGAAGCAGGUUGUGAAAGUUGGACAAGGAGUUAACGGCUUUGGGAGGAACAUUAGUGGACUAUUCAAGCAUGCAAUCACUGUAGGGAAGAGGGUCAGAACUGAGACAAACAUUGCUGCUGGAGCAGUUUCUGUUAGCUCAGCAGCUGUUGAACUGGCCCUGAUGAAGCUACCUGAAGCCUCACAUGCAAAUGCAAGGAUGUUGGUCAUUGGAGCAGGAAAAAUGGGAAAGCUUGUGAUCAAGCAUUUAGUGGCAAAAGGCUGCACAAAGAUGGUGGUUGUCAAUAGAACUGAGGAGAGAGUUGCAUCAAUCCGAGAAGAGCUCAAGGAUGUUGAGAUAACCUACAAACCCCUCUCGGAAAUGCUCACAUGCGUUGGUGAAUCAGAUGUGGUUUUCACCAGCACAGCAUCCGAGGAUCCCUUGUUCUUGAAGGAUCAUGUCAAGGACCUUGCUCCUGCCACUGAUGAAGUUGGAGGCCGUCGCUUUUUCGUUGAUAUUUCUGUUCCUAGGAAUGUUGGAUCAUGUGUCUCGGAUCUUGAGUCUGUGAGAGUGUUCAAUGUUGAUGACCUUAAGGAGGUUGUGGCAGCUAACAAGGAAGAUAGGCUAAGAAAAGCAAUGGAAGCUCAAGCUAUCAUAUGUGAAGAAUCAAAACAAUUUGAGGCUUGGAGGGACUCAUUGGAAACUGUUCCUACCAUUAAGAAAUUGAGGGCAUAUGCUGAAAGAAUAAGGGCGGCUGAACUUGAGAAGUGCCUAGGAAAGAUGGGUGAUGAUAUCCCAAAGAAGACACAAAGAGCUGUGGAUGACCUUAGUAGAGGUAUAGUGAACAAGUUGCUUCAUGGGCCAAUGCAACACUUGAGGUGUGAUGGGAGUGAUAGUAGGACUCUGAGUGAGACCCUUGAGAACAUGCAUGCUUUGAAUAGAAUGUUCAGCCUUGAGACUGAAAUAUCUGUUUUGGAGCAGAAGAUUCGAGCCAAGGUGGAGCAAAAGCCAUAGUUUGUGAGAUUUGGACCAAUUUUUCAUUUAUAACACUCAUUUAUUUACUCUAUUUAGGAUUGGAAAUCAUGCAAUCUGUGGUUGCAUGAUGGAAACAGUAAAAGUCCCCAAGAACUUCAAUUGAUUAGUUGUGUACCUCAGUGUCUACUUUGCCCUCUAUGUUAAUUAUUCUACAAAAUAGAGGUGUCAUGCAUUAUACUAUUAAGGCGAGCUUUGUAUCUAUCAUGAAUAAUCUAUGCAAAAAAUUUGCCUCCUGUUGAUAAUCAAGUGAGUUACCAUACAAGCUGAGAUUGAUUUUCA